ACUGCUGCCUCAUUGGAACCUCUCGAAGCCCACAGUCACGGGAAGAAAAUCAGUUGCUUCUGAAACAUUCACCAGUGAAGACGCACUUAGAAAAGUUUCUCAUUGAAGAAAACAUUUGAGGGGACAAUUUUUUUGUCGUGUCAAUAUUUGAAUGGAGAUUCAAGUCGCGAGUGUCUCAGGAAUUCCAGUGAAUUUUACGACUAAAUAGUGAACUGUGUCAGUUUUAAGCGGAAAAGAGAUAUAUAGCCCAUCUUCCGCGGGGACUUAUUGAGAUAUCUUAGAACAAAUAAAUCAAGUGAAGAGACAAAAAUGGUACGAAGUCUCUCACAGUGGACAAAAACCCUGAGUUUCCCAGCACGAAUUUCACCAAAUAGAAAUUCCAAAGAGUGCAACGUGAACGUUCAUCCAAUUACCCUACCACCACCUACACCGCCACGUAAAUCACAGAACAACCAUCAGCAGCAAUCAUCGCAGGAGUCUCCAUCACCACAGCCAAAUGUACCAAUAACAGAAAUUAGUCAAAUUAUCUAUCCCGAUCCUGAUUCCGAGAAGGCAAUCAUGGGUUCCCUGGUGUUUUGCAUUCACCACAAACAGGGCUGCAAGUGGUCAGAUGAACUGAGGAAGUUGAAGGCCCAUCUCAAUACAUGCAAGCAUGAUGCUGUGAGAUGCCCAAAUAAAUGUGGCUCCCAAAUUCCCCGUAUCAUGAUGGCAGAUCACCUGGCCUUCACCUGCAUCCAGCGGCGAGCCGUAUGUGAGUUCUGCAAUAUCGAGUUCACCGGACAGGGCCUCGAGGAACAUACAGGAACCUGCAGUCAGGAGCCAAUUUACUGCGAGGCGAAAUGCGGUGUACGUGUCCUCCGUGGUCGAAUGUCCAUCCACCGAGUCAAGGACUGUGCCAAACGGAUGCGACGCUGUGUCCAUUGUAACAGGGAAUUUUCAGCAGAUACCCUCUCUGCCCAUGGUGCUUCCUGUCCUCGGAGUCCCGUUCCCUGCCCACAACGCUGUGACAUUGGUCCUAUUCCUCGUGCAGAAAUCGACAACCACCUUCGUGAGGAAUGCAAAGCCCUGACAAUUCCAUGCACCUUCCGAGACGCCGGAUGUUCCUUCAAGGGACCACGGCAUCUCCUUGAAAAUCACAUUGAGAGCAGCAUCGGCUCCCACCUGUCGCUGAUGGUGUCUCUGGCCAGUCGCCAGGAGAAACAGAUCCAGGCACUUAAGAGCACGGUUUCUAAGCUCAGUACAAACUACACAGGGACCCUUCUGUGGAAGGUAACCGAUUGGGCAGCCAAAAUGGUGGAGGCCAAGAGCAAGGAUGGUCUGGAACUCAUCUCACCGCCAUUCUACACCAGCCAGUACGGCUACAAGCUUCAAGCUUCAAUGUUCCUCAACGGAAAUGGCCCUGGCGAGGGCACUCAUGUCUCCGUCUACAUCAAAGUUCUCCCCGGGGAGUAUGAUGCCUUACUCAAGUGGCCCUUUGGUCACUCCAUCACAUUCACCCUAUUCGAACAGGGAAACGGAGGAAGUCAGGGAGGAGUAGCUGAAUCUUUCGUACCAGAUCCAACGUGGGAGAAUUUCCAAAGACCCUCCACCGAACCAGACACUCUGGGCUUUGGUUUCCCGCGCUUCAUUUCGCACGAACUACUAACAAGACGACCAUUUGUCAAGGACGAUACCAUCUUCCUCCGCGUCAAAGUGGAUCCCAGCAAAAUUGUUGCGGUAUAGAAUUUCUCCAAAUUUAAUUAUUGUAAAUACUGUGUAUUUUUUUUAUCCAAGACAUCUCAUCUACUUAC